CCUCACUUUCCCCACUGAAAGUCAAAACAAAGUUUGUGCAGAAUCGCAGGGAUUUCCAGGGGAGUUUUCUCACAUUCAGCAUGAAUACCAUGCACAGAAAAGUUGCCAGACUGAUGGUGGAUACCUUGAGAAGGAGACCCAUUCAUCAGGUUACAGUUCAGUGGUGCUUGGAGCGAGAAAAACAAACUUCAAUUUGCCGACAAAUUCCCAUUCCGGAAGUGAAGAGAUUCAUUCGGAAGGGCUACUGCACGGUCCAGAGCUCAGAGAUUGGAGCAGCAUUGAUUGAUUUAGUCACUUAUGAAACCGUCUGCUCGGAUACCCUCGAAGGACUCUGUGAAUACUUUGAGAUUCUCGUGGAAGGGACACCUCAUCUGAAAACCGGAGAUGUUAUGUACUCAGACGGCGUACUGACAGUCAAACUGGGCGGGAAGUACGGAACUUACGUGAUAAAUCGUCAAUCGCCAAAUCGACAGAUCUGGCUGAGUUCUCCAACAAGUGGCCCCAAGCGCUACGAUUUCAUCCCUGGAGAGGGCAGUUCCGAGGGUAAAUGGGUCUACAAGCACGAUGGCAGAAGCCUCCAUGAGCUGCUCCAAGAAGAAAUCAAGGCAAUUGUGCAGAAAGACGUGGAUUUCUUCAGUCUUCCUCACAGCGGGAGCCAGAAAUGACCAAACCAUCCUGUACAUGCAGAAGAAAUAUAAUUUCAAUUUAGUUUUGAGGUUUA